AUGUCUAUGAUGAGAUCUAUAUGGGUAACCGCUAUGCCUUCCUCAGACACUAUGGAUCUUGAUGAAGAAGUUAAUGAAGAAUUGGGAGCUCUUGACUCAGAAGAGAAUAACUAUAACGAAGAUAAUAGUGAAAAUGAGAAUGAAAUUGCUAAGAAACUUGCCAGCAACGAUAAAGAAAAUGAGAAAACUUUGAAAUACAGAAAGUACAACCAGGAACAAAUCAAAGAGUUUAUCUGCUUGAUAACAGAAAUGGUUCCUGUAAAAGACGCAGCUUUACGAACUGGUAUCGUUUUAAGUUCAGCUUACCGUUUCCGAAAACAAUAG